AUGACAGCUCCUUUAAAGCUUCCUGUGAGUGAUCAGGAUGGUUUCGAGCUUGAGAAAAUCGAGGACCAUGUGUCUGAUGGCAGCAUCACCAAGCCAGUGAUAGACAAUCCACCCAGAAAGAUGACCAGCAAAUCCACCAGUGGGGUGUGCAGACUGAGCACCAUCUCAGAGCAAGAAUCAGACAAACCAGACACUGAUCCCACUCCCCAUGAUCCCCCAGGUGGCAGUGAAUGGCGUGGAUCCAGUUUCUCCAUGUGUUCUGACAAGUUUAAGAACAGCAGCAGUUAUUUUUCCUCUGAUGAUUCAAACCAGCCCGACAGUGGAGAUGACUGUGCCGGACUUCUUCUCGCCUGUCUGCAUUGUCGUUUCCAAGAGCUUAUGGUUCUCCUACCAAAUACAUGUGAGAGGGCUUUGACCCGGUGUUUUCCCUCGUUCAAAUACGUCACAGCGACCAGAGAGGUAGAACAGCAGGGGAAGGACUGCUGCAACUACAAGCUGGAACUGGACUGUAACUGCUGCGGCUCCUGUCAGGACGCAGGAGAACUUAUAGAGCUGGCCAUGGAGAUAUCAGAGGUCUGCUAUCGCUGA